GGGGGGAAGAUCCGGACCUUCAAAGCGGUGAUGCAAGAUGCAAACCAAACCACCAACAAACCUCGAACCGGCUAUCAAGCUCAAACCACAAACAAACACACUAUACUCUACACCACAUAACAGACGACCUUACCUCAGAGAAUAAAGAAAAAAAAGGAGAAGAGAAUAGAAAAUGACCACAGAAAUCAAAGAACUCUCCCUCCCCCUCCCCUACACCCCCCACACGACCGCCCACAUCCACCUCACACGACACCAAACCUGCACGACGGUGUUUCUGACCUCGUCGACGCCGGGCGAUGCAGCGGGCAGUAUCAAGCCGAUGGGGAGUUUUGUGUAUGCGAUGCCGGAUAGAAUGGAUCCUAAAAAUGUGAUAUCAACAACAAUCUACUCCGUCCCCGGAAGUGUGGAAUACACGGCCCGGAUCGCGAAGAUUCUUGCGAGGAGGUUGAAGACCCCUGUUUAUGUGGGUGGGAGUAUUGAGCCUGCGACGAUGGGGGUGAUGGCUGAGGAGGAGAUUGAGGGGGUGAAGAGGAUUGUGGAGGUGAUUGUGAAGGGGUGGGAGGGGGUUAAGGUUUAAUUUUCUAUUCUAGUUUCUAUUUCUGUUAGCUGUUGAUUAUAAGUGUGUUCUGUUGGUUGAUGGUAGAUGUUGGGGGAUGAAUGGAUGGAUGGAUGGAUGAUGGCAUUGGGGGGAGUUGGGUGUUUCUCUGCAUAUUCUGUCUGCUUAUUUUCUUGUUCUGGCUCUGAGUGCUGAAUAACAAAUUAGGAGUAACUAACUAUAGUCAUGAUAUGGCAAUCGAAUUACUACCAUGUCACUUCGUACUAAUUAAUG